AUGGCCAUAUCCGUGCAUAGGCGGUGCAUCUGCCAACCCUUCGCGCCUGCAGCAGAUGGCGCUUCCUUGACAUGGGCACAAGUGCCCCCCUCGGCUUGUCCCAAAGUUCGCCCUGACGCUUUCAAAGGAUUUCGACCACCGCUUCGCUCGAACCCCUCUGGCCACUUUCAACGGGUCUGUCCGAAAUCCUCAGGCACGGCGGCGGAACUUGCCACCGUCGGCAUUGUGGUCCAGGAACUUUUGGAUCCCCAGCGAGUCGCCUCACCGCCACCGCCUUAUCGCCUGCUUGGCAGCAUCAGCAUCAGCACCACGCUUCAGCCACACCCGGCCGCCACCGCCCCUUGCUGCCUGAAGCAGCUCCACACGAGCCAUCGACAGAUCCCUUAUCAAGACCCCAUCUCCGCCCCUACCUCCCGACCCGCUCUUAGGUCUUUAUCACCCGUAUCCUUUCCCUCCGUCAUCUCCCACCAUCACACCAACCUCACCCUUCUCAUUCCCACUCACUCAUCCUUGAAUCUCGACAUGUCCGCCGCUACCGCCCCCGCGCCGAACGGCAUCACCUCGUCGCCCAGCAAGGCCGCCUUCGACCAGAGCGCCGCCCUCAAGAAGAUCGUCUCGGUGCCACUGGUCUCGGACUCGCUCAGCUUUGCCCAGUCUACCAUCCAGGCGCACCCGCUCCUCGCCACCACCUACGGCUACGGCGAGAACCUCGUCAACUCGUCGCUCAAGGCCGCCCAGCCCAUCACCAACCGCAUCCACCCCCAGCUCGCCUACGUCGACUCGCUCGCCCUCAAGUCGCUCGACUUUGCCGAGAGCAAGUGGGCCGCCCCCUUCCACACCAACACCCAGGAGCUCUUUGACGCCGCCAAGGUGCCCGCCGACCACGCCCGUGGCUUCGUCCAGGCCUACACCGCCGCGCUCCAAAAGGCGUACGGCGAGCGCGUCUACACCCCCGCCAAGUCGGCGUACGAGUCGCACAUCGUGCCCGCCUACGACUCGGCCCACACCAAGUUUGACGAGAUCAAGAGCCAGAACGCCUACCUCCAGCGCGCCACCGACAUCGUCAAGGACCUCCAGGCCAACCUCGCCAAGACGCUCGAGUCUGUGUCGUCGCGCAGCAAGCAGGAGGGCGACCAGGCCACCCAGAAGGCCCAGGGCAUCUCGAACGCCAUCUUUGCCGAGCUCGAGCGCGUGCGCCACUUUGCGCAGAGCCUGCCUGCCGAGAGCCGCAAGCGCGUCGGCCCCGUCAUGGACACCUUCACCGAGACGUACGAGCGUCUGAGCAAGGAGGCGCGCAACCCGGACGUCCCCGCUUCCACCCGCUUCCUCAACGUGGUCAAGUUUGUCCGCGAGCAGUCGCUCCCGGCGCUCCAGAAGGCCAUCAUCAACCCGCCCUCGUCGACUGCGCAGAAGGCCGAGUCGGUCGUCGACUCGGCGGUUGACGCCGCCAAGUAA